ACGUUGUAGAAUCAACCCCAAUCUGGUGAAUCGCCGCCCGUAAUCUGCAUUCUGCCAUUAACGCCCGUGCUUGCUCACACUAGCGAACAAUCAACCCCAAUAGCCUCGAAUUGAAAUUUCCUCUCCUUUAUCUCUUCCGAUUCGCUCACUGUUCACAAUUGCAGUGAUGAAAGGUUUGGGAAGGCUGAUAUCGCAAGCCGCUCGUUGCCGGAGCAACACUCGGCUGCUCAAAUCCUACGCGGCGGAGGGCGGAGGUCUCCGAGCUUAUUGCCGCCUUCUAUUCGCUUCUUCUCCUUCCAAAGUGCCCCCUGCUUUCUCCAAUUUCGCUUCGUUGAAAUCCUCACAUCUUCCUUCGUCACCGUACUCACCUACAUGGGCUACUAUUGGAGGGCAGAGGAGGACCAUGUUCAUACAAACACAAUCAACUCCUAAUCCUUUAUCACUGAUGUUCUAUCCCGGAAAGCCAGUUAUGGAGACUGGAAGUGCAGAUUUUCCAAAUGCUCGUUCUGCAAUGAAUUCACCACUUGCUAAGGCCCUCUUUGGAAUUGAUGGGAUUACUCGGGUAUUUUUUGGAUCAGACUUUGUAACCGUGACGAAGUCUGAUGAUGCAUCCUGGGACUUGCUCAAACCUGAAAUUUUUGCAGCAAUCAUGGAUUUCUUUUCAUCUGGGAAGCCGCUGUUUCUGGAUUCCAACACUGCAGCCUCCAUGGACACAGCUAUCCAAGAAGACGAUUCAGAGACGGUUGCGAUGAUUAAGGAACUUCUGGAGACACGCAUACGACCAGCUGUACAAGAUGAUGGCGGGGACAUUGAAUACAGAGGAUUUGAUGCAGAAACCGGAAUAGUCAAAUUGAGGAUGCAAGGAGCAUGCAGCGGAUGCCCUAGCUCCUCUGUCACCCUGAAAUCUGGCAUCGAAAACAUGCUGAUGCACUAUGUACCCGAAGUUAAAAGCGUGGAGCAGGAAUUUUAUGAAGAUGAAGACCCAUCCCUAACCGGAGCCCCACACGAGUAAAUUCUCUCAUUUUAGGUGCAUCAAUUCAUAAAUUUUGUUAACAAUAAUAGUUUGGCAGGGGAUACCUACUUUGUUUUGAGGAUAACAAGUCCCAUUUUCUUAUGAGGAACGUUGUGAAUUUCACGUCUGAAGAACAUUAUGAGUUUUACGUUUGAAGAACAUUAUAAGUUUCACGUCU